AUGCUGUUCCAGGUCACAACCUCUGUCUCCUGGCAGUCAGUGCUGCUUUACGGAUCAGGCCUCCUGGUUAUUCUACUUGCCGUGGUACGGCCAUUAUACAAUGUGUAUUUUCACCCGCUGCGAAAAUAUCCCGGACCUAAGCUUUGGGCGGCCUCAUCACUACCAUGGGGCUUUUCGUUCUUGGCCGGAGAAAUCCACAAUAGUCUGAUGGAUCUCCACAACAAGUACGGUUCGGUGGUCCGUGUAGCUCCUGAUGAGCUGUCUUUCUCCUCUCCAGAUGCAUGGGAAGAUGUUUACGGUCGCUACAAAGCUGGGAAGCGGAAAGAGAACAUGAAGCCGAACUGGUAUGCGAGCAGAGACAGCAAUGAUAUCCUCGGAGCAGAGCUUGGCGACCAUGGACGUAUCCGCAAGGUCUUGGAUUUCGGCUUUACAACGAGCGCGAUGCUCGACCAGGAGCCUGCCAUUAUGGGAUUUGUUGACCUGCUUUUCGAACGUCUUAAGGCAAGAGCAGGAGAUGCUUCCGUGGACGUAUGGAAAUGGUAUCUCUAUACUCUUUUCGAUAUUACGGGAAACCUGGCCUAUGGAGAGCCUUUUGGAUGCUUAGAACAAUCCAUGAUGCACCCAUGGGUCGACUUCGUCAUAAGCAACAUCAAACUGACCUACAUCCUCCUUCUUUGCAUGCGAAUUCCCUUCUUUUUCUUUUAUUCACCAGUCAUAGCAACCUCCAUGUCCCGCGAGGAAUUGUACAGCAAUGCUCUCACAUUGACUUUGGCUGGCGCAGAAACCACAGCGAGUGCUUUGUCGGCGGUGACGUAUAUGCUGGGGACGCACCCGGACGUGAAAGCCAAGGCCGACCAGGAGCUACGGGCCACUUUCUCCAGGGAGUCGGAAAUUGAUAUGCAGAGCUCAAUGAAGCUCCAAUACCUGGCUGCCGUUAUAGAUGAGGCAUUUCGGUAUCAUCCGCCGGGGCCAAACGCUCUGUGGCGUCAGACUCCGCCCGAGGGCAACUGGAUAUUGGGGGAGUGGAUUCCAGGCAAGACUAUCGUGGGAAUUCCUAGCAGGGUCAUAUAUCGCAGCGAGUGCAAUUUCAAGCGCGCUGACGAGUUCAUCCCGGAACGGUGGUUGAGCGACGAAAAGGGCCCAGAAUUCGCAAAUGAUCGCAGAGACGCUUUCCAGCCAUUCUCCUAUGGUCCUAGAAACUGUUUGGGCAUGAAUCUUGCGAGAGCCGAAAUGCAUUACAUCAUAGCUCGCUUGCUGUGGAAUUUUGAUAUCGAGCUGACUGCAGACAGUCGAGACUGGUUACAUAGACAAAAGUCUUACCUGAUGUGGGAGAAGGGUGGACUUUAUGUCCAUCUAAGGCUGAAGCAGCAUGCGAUUUGA